CGUCCAGUGUCCGCAAGCUAAUUUUUGAAUCAUCCCACUCGAUCCUCUCGAUUGGACCGCAGCAAGUGCUCCGAACCGUGAAUCUCUUGCCUCUCUCGAACCAGACAUGCCCGAGCUUGGGCUGUUUCCGCCUACCCCUGGUCCAUCUCUCAUGGCAUUUCCCCUUGUCAGACACUGAAUUCCUGUCCGUUUGUAUAUAUGGUCUUCGGUCACUGCCACCAUGAGGCCGUCUCGCAACCAUAAGACGGCGCGAUCGGUACGUGAUUGCUCAGGCGAGUCCGCCCAAGUCAAACAUCAUCGCCUGCGCCGAACCCGAAGGCAGGACGACAUCUACGAGAAGCAGGAAAGUGGCGAUUUGGCAACCGAUCAAAAGAUAAUAACCCGCAAAGAGCGGACCCCACUGAGUAAAUCCCACGCUUCAUCCUUUGAUCUCUCUGUUCGCCUACGGACCAGCAAGUCGCAUGAAAUGCCGUCAGGCGCCUCUCUGCCGUCGGUUGGCCAUGGCCCCAAGCUGACAAAGACGGGGAGAGUCUCCAAAGCGAAGAAGGGCAUCAAAGGCGCACACCGGUGCGGUUGUGGAAAGACGUACUCGCGGGCAGAGCAUCUGCGCCGUCAUCAACAAAACCAUGAAAAACAGCUGCCUUGCCUGCUUUGUGGCAAGAUUUUCCACCGGCAGGAUCUCUACGAUCGUCAUCUUGCAACAAAGCAUGAUUCCUCAAACUCGAUGUCACGCCGCGACUCCGCAACCAGUGGAAGCCCCAUCUCACCAUUACAUGUGCAAACUUCGCUAUCUUCUGGCCUGGCUGAACCCGUCCUUGCAUCACAGCGCUUGGUCGAACCGAACGAUCAAUUUUCAGAGUUCCCGCAGAACUCACAUUUCCUCUCUCGGCACCACACUGGCGAAGCGCCGUCAAGCCCGUCAAGCGGAUCCGACGCCUCUUAUAUCAAAGAUGAGCCUUACCCUCAGCCAUAUUUCACGAAUGACUCUUUCGGGGAGCUGAGUGCAACAACCACCGAAUCAGACCCGGUGUCCUACCUCGUUCCAAGACCAUCACUUUCCUCGUCGGGCGAUGUUUCCCCCUUCAGCCCAUUCUCAUUCUCAGCCUCAUGGGCUCAUACAAACCCCAUAUUCACGCAUUCAGCCCUGACUGAAACUAUCCCUUUUGCUUACAACUCCUCAUCGAUAACAUCCCCUCGAACCUUGGUCACACACAUGCAGAUGCCCAGUUGGAUCGAAAGUAACAACGAUAUUCCACAUUUCCCGCCUUCAGGUCUCACGUCGCCCUCUUCUUCGUGCGCUCCUGCAAUGGCACCCGUCGUACUUCCCUCGCACCCAAACGGUGCACCAUAUCCACUCGCUUUCGUCGCCCAGAAAGAUAAGUAUGGAAGUCUUGAUAUUGAGAGCCCUCUCGAGGAGCAGCAACUUGGAGUGGAGCUCAGUCUCAAGACCAAGCAACACUAUCUCGAGGCUUACUGGACUCGCUUUGACCCUUUCUUCCCUAUUGUACACAAGCCAAGCCACCGACCCGGGACCAAUCCAUUACUGACAGCAGCCAUGAUGGCGAUCGGAGCACAAUACGCGGAUGAAGAAUUCGCGCGCAGCGACUCUCGAAUUCUGCACGAGAAAUGUCUAGAGCUGAUCGCCAAGUACAAAGACGUUCUGUUGACGGCAACGCGAUUGGAUUACAUGCAAGCCAUUUUCCUUGUUGAGGUCAUGUCUCAUUAUAGGGCGAAGAGGACUGCGCCGCGGCUUUCAGAGGUUUUCUUGAGCGUGUACGCCUCUCUGUGGAAGUUCCAUACAAAUACUGGUCGAUCCUACAUUGAGAGUCUCAGCACUAUUCAGCCACAGCUGAGCGACGAUGAUCUGAGGUUGCAGUGGUCCGAAUGGGUUGCAACGACUGGUUUUUGCCGCUUGCUUGCCGCUUGCUACGUCUUCGAGACCAUGCAAGCGCUUUUGUUGGUCCGGUCGACGCACACAACCCCAAGUUGCGGCCUCGAGCUGCUUAUUCCCGCCCCGGCAGCUGUGUGGGAUGCUUCCAGUCAUGUUCGAUGGGCUCAGAUGAUACGUCAACACCAACCAGAGAUCUUAGAUAUGUCCGAGAUCCUAGAUGCACUUUGGACGAGCAACACGCCUCCUGCACAACGCGACCCCUUCCAAUCUUCAAUCCUCAUUGCUUGUCAUGCCGGCUCAGUCUUGUUGCAGAAGAAUGAACUACAAAAUCCGUCCUUCAACGCCCCAAGCGCCAUGCACACCUUGUUUGAACCCGGAAACAUCGGUGUUCUGGAGCGUUGCCUCUAUGCUCACCCGAGCAUAAUCACCAUGCAUCACAUAGUGCAGCUUGCUUCACUAGCGCCCUUUCGAGCACUUCUCGCAACUAGCGGAGAGUCCUGGGUGCUAUCUCAACGGCUGUCCCAAGACUCUCUCAUCGCCGCCGCAGAGUUCACUACGUUAAAGUCGGAGCUGCGUUCGUGGACGGAUGCGACUGAGCAGACGUUCUUCUCCGGGUCGACUGGAGACAAUAUUAGAUCCGCUGUCCAACAUUCGCUACUUAUCUUGAAAGCGUGUCUCAAUGCUCCUAUCUCUGGCCUCGCCUUUGGACCUGACAUGGCUUUAUACUUCGCAUGCCUAACACUAUGGGCAGUUACGUACAGCGCGAGUAGCAAAGCAGAAGCUGCUGGUAUGAAGUUCGACAGCAGCGCACCGGUCAUUCUCGAGCCCUCGCAAGCCCGGCAGGAUGCAAGGACAUUUUGUGACUUCGCGGUCGUCGAGCUUUCUAGAAACUAUUUGGACCGCUUGAUCUCAGACGACCGCAUCAGCAGCUGGCGGCAUUCAGUCAACGCCGUUCUUCGAUGGAGUUCUUGGGCUCUUGGGGGCAUGAGCAUCCAAAACAGAAUACUCGGGGAACUGAUUGAGAGCGCAGUGGGUGUUCUUGACUGUUUGAAGGACCGCGGCUGGCAAGACGGUUGGUUCUAAACAUCUCACGCAUUUGGGCGUUGAGCAAUGCGGCAUUUUUCCGCAUCUCUGAUUCACCUUCACGGCAUUUCGAAGAUUACACAUGUAUCUUGUCAAGGUUGCACUUAGAUACCACUCAGAAGUUCAGUGAGACGUCUCGUCAUUUUUUUUUUUUUGGGAUAGUGAAGCUUGCAGGCGAGCCCCUCCAUAAUAGAUAGAAAAUUAUAGUCGCAAAAAGAGCUCACAGCUUCGAACAAUGAAACGCGUGCUGAAUCCC